UGUAAACACAGGGUGAACACGUGGGUGAGCGGACGUCGUGUGUGAACGUGUCAUUGUCAAAAGUUGAGUGGUUUGCCUAAUCUACAGAUUGCGCAUGAUGGCAUUGGCUUCGUUAAGCUUCUGAACUGUGGUAUAAAUAAAAAAAAAGUGCCACCAUUAUUGACAUGAGCUGAGACAUUGAGCUCAUAAAAGAGUGCCUUGGAUGUUCUGCACUUCCAUGACUGCUAGCUGCAGAAGAUGCUUGACACUGACAGUGGCGGUGACAAUGACAGUAAGAACAGCAGUGCAGGCUCUUUAAUCCGAGGUGGACAGAACACACAUCUUCAACCAACAGUCCGCAAAAGUGGAGUACAACAGACCACAAGAGGGCUUCCAUCAUGGCUUACUGCCCCAUGUAGCACGAAGAAGUUAAAGAGAAACAAACUACAAGCCAACAGAUUGCUCAGCUCAAGUGAAUCUCUGGAAGACGGCGGUCCUCAGGAACUGUUAAGGAAGAACGUCAACUCUUCGUUACGAUCCACUGUUUAUUGCAUGAGUCCAGCUGAGUUGUAUGAGACGGCAGUCCUCAUCUUGCAAGAGAAAGCUAAGGCGGAGGAUUCGAACCAAGAUACCCAGAAAGUAGCCCCAUCAUCGUCCAAGGGAGGUAAGACAUCUCCCCAUGAGAGGUCGACACCCCAGGAGUCAGUGCCACAAGGGUCAAUACCUGUGAAGUCACCACCUCAUCAGAGGUCAACUCCUCAGAUGUCAACUGCCAAGAGGUCAACACCCCAGGAGUCAACACCCCAGGGGUCAACACCCAAGACCACCAUUUCGGAUCAGUUGGAUGAAACAACUAGAACAGGACGGGCCAAGUUACUGGAUGACAUCUUCUUCAGCCCAUCUUCAAGGGUCAAGCCGCCACCAAAACAAAUAAAAGCUCCUCAGCAAAACCAGAAAUCAUUGAGAAGUCCCUCCAUCCAAUCACAAUGUAUCGUCCCUGACACAGUUUCAACAGUACCAGAAACUGCUGGCUUCACUGCAGCAUCUAUAGGAGGAAAGGACUCUACCACUGGCCUCUUGGGUGAGUCUUUAUUGGAGCACAAGCCAGAGGGGACAAGGGAGAACAGGGGGCCUGAUCUUUCAUUUUUAGAUGACAUAUUUUAAGUUUUUAUUAUUUAUUUUAUUUAACAUUCGUUGACCAUUUGUAAGUGUUAAAGGGACAGUUUGCUUUCAGAUUGGGUGCUUUGAGCUCUCAACAUAAGCGUUUGUUAUUUAAUUAAUAUGGUUGGAAAGAUAUGUAGAACAUAAGGGUUCGCACAAAUAUUCCUCAAAAUUGUGUCAAGACAGUCAGAUUGUUCGUGUUUGGGGCAACUUCUUGCAUAGUAACAUUUAAGAGACUGCAGACACAAACAACAUUCUAUAAAUAAUACGCUGGUCUGGUGGUUGCUUGCCAAAGUGUACCCAGACCCAUGGCAUAUGUAGCAACACUGAAUAGCUGUCUGAAGGACUCAAUUGAACAUUAGCUUGU